CUUGAUGAGUUUACUCGCGCUUGGCUGGCCGGAGGACUCUUAUUCUGAAAGCGAGGCGGCUGGGUCUUUCUCUUGCUUAGUCAUGGUGACUUACACUCCGCCGCCGCCUCCUCCCUCCGCUCUCUCCCUCCCUCCGCUCUCUGCUUUCCCCACCCGCAGUGGCGGCGGCGGCGGCGGCGGCAGUAGUGGCUGCUGUCUGCGCUAUGGAGGAACGGAGGAGGAGGAGCGCUCAGUUGGACGGUGGAGGACGGCGAGGAGGCGGCGGAGGAAGAAGGCGAGGACAGCCAUGGAGAAGUGCUUUUAGGUCUUUCUAACAAUGAUGGAUGGAUAUGGUGGGGCAGAAGUUUCCAAGCAUCCUUAUACACAGUCCUGACUUCGGCCUAUCAAGGGUUCCAGGUGCAUAGGCCCCACGCCUCAAUCUCUCUGCAAGCACUGAUGCUACCUUAGGUGGGACAUGGACAACUCUAGGAUGAAGGCCUUCCUUCUUCUGUCUGCAUCAUCUGGGAUUACAACACGUAGCAGCAACAGGCAUUUGUGUGGAAGAGGUGUAGAGUCUUUGCUGUGUGUUGGAGCUCUGUAGGAAGCUCCCCAGCUUAGCCGGUUGUGCCGCCCUCACCUUUUCCUUCAUUCCUUCAUGCGAUGAGCGUGUGGCUGCUUCUGUGAUGUACUCCCCAGAGUGCAAGGCGGAGGUGACUCCCUCGCACAACGGCAAUCAUACUUUCAGCUACACGCUGGAGGAUCACACCAAGCAAGCCUUCAGCAUCAUGAAUCAGCUGCGCCUGAGCCAGCAGCUUUGCGAUGUCACCUUGCGAGUCAAAUACAAGAACAUUCCCCCAGCUGACUUCCAGGCCCACAAAGUGGUGCUGGCCUCCUCUAGCCCUGUCUUCAAGGCCAUGUUCACGAUGGGACUCCGGGAGCAGGGCAUGGAGAUUGUGCCCAUUGAGGGCAUCCACCCCAAAGUGAUGGAGCGGCUCAUCGAGUUUGCCUAUACGGCCUCCAUCUCAGUGGGUGAGAAGUGUGUGUUGCAAGUCAUGAAUGGGGCAGUCAUGUACCAGAUUGACAGUGUGGUCAAAGCCUGCUGUGCCUUCCUGGUCCAGCAGUUGGACCCCAGCAAUGCCAUCGGCAUUGCCAACUUUGCAGAGCAGAUUGGUUGUACUGAACUGCACCAGCGUGCGCGGGAGUACAUCUACAUGCAUUUUGGAGAGGUGUCUAAGCUGGAUGAGUUCUUCAACCUCUCUCAUUGCCAGCUGGUGACGCUGAUCAGCCGGGAUGAGCUAAAUGUGCGUUGUGAGUCAGAAGUCUUCCACGCCUGCAUCAACUGGGUGAAGUACGACUGUGAGAGCAGGCGACUCUAUGUCCAGGCCCUGCUCAAGGCUGUGCGCUGUCACUCGCUCACCCCACACUUCCUCCAGAUGCAACUGCAAAAGUGUGAGAUCCUUAAAUCAGACUCACGCUGCAAGGACUACCUGGCCAAGAUCUUCCAGGACCUCACCCUGCACAAGCCCACCAAGGACAUGCCUUGCCGUGCACCCAAAGUAGGCCAGCUUAUCUACACAGCAGGUGGCUACUACCGUCAGUCUCUCAGCUACUUGGAGGCCUACAAUCCUUGCGAUGGCUCCUGGAUCCGGCUGGCUGACCUGGAGGUGCCCCGCAGUGGUCUGGCCAGCUGCGUGGUGAGUGGGCUGCUUUAUGCAGUGGGUGGGAGGAACAACUCCCGUGAUGGCAACAUGGAUUCCAACGCCAUUGACUGCUAUAACCCCAUGACCAACCAAUGGUCUCCCUGCACUCCUAUGAGCGUGGCACGUAACCGGAUUGGUGUGGGGGUGAUUGAUGGCAUGAUCUACGCAGUGGGCGGCUCUUUCGGGAGCACUCAUCACAACAGCGUGGAGAGGUACGAGCCAGAGCGCGAUGAGUGGCAAUUAGUCGCUCCCAUGCUCACGCGUCGGAUUGGUGUCGGGGUGGCUGUUCUGAAUCGUCUCUUGUAUGCAGUGGGUGGCUACGAUGGUACCUGUCGCCAUAACUCAGCGGAGUGCUACUACCCUGAGCGGGACGAAUGGGAGAUGAUUGCCCCUAUGAAAACCAUCCGGAGUGGAGCAGGGGUUUGUGCCCUUAAUAACUGCAUAUAUGCCAUGGGGGGCUAUGAUGGCACAGAACAACUAAACAGCAUGGAGCGCUACGAUGUGGAGACAGGCACCUGGUUCUUUGUUGCACCCAUGAAGCAUCGGCGGAGUGCGCUUGGGGUCACAGUGCACCAAGGCAAGAUCUACGUAUUGGGUGGUUAUGAUGGCCACACCUUCCUGGAUAGUGUUGAAUGUUAUGAUCCCACCACUGAUACUUGGAUUGAGGUGACCCACAUGACAUCAGGCCGUAGCGGGGUGGGUGUGGCCAUCACCAUGGAGCCCUGCCGCAAACAGGGUGAUGAGAACUGCCAUUGCUAAAGGCAACAAAGAGGGCACAGUGGUUCCCUUUGGGUGGAGGAGAGCAAACAAAUUGGAGAAGAUUCAGUAUUAAGACAUGCCUACUGCUAAAUGCUGCCAGGAUCAAGGAAAAGUGCCAAGGAGGGGUAAAAACUACAAAACUGAACUUAAACUACCCGUGAAAGGCACUGGCUCUGAAGAAUGGCUCCUACUUUGAGGAUAGCUGCUGAUUUGUGAUUGCCUGUACAUGUUGGUCCUGCCUAAUUCUGAACUUGGGGAUUAACAAAGAAGGAAUGACCCUAUGAGAAUUGCAGAAGGGGAGAGCUUGAUGCUCGCUAUGCACUUCAGAUCUCUGGCAGUGUAGGAGUAGUUAAAUAAUGGGGGAGGGGAAGGUCUCUUUUGCAUGGAAGGGUAGGGAGUAUCUUGUACAUAGAGCAUUCCUGCCCAUUUGAAAUGUGUAUUGUACAGACAUUUUGACAGCAAAUCCAAGUUUGGAUUUUUGUAGAGUUCUCUGUCUACCCAUUCCCACUGGCAAAUUUUGACAAGCUGGUGCAAGAGGAGAAAGCUGGCCAGGCUGUUACGAGUUUGCUCUUGUGUGGCUGAACCUAGAAUGACCUAAGAUGAGUUCAGGUGUGCCCUGGCCUAAGCUGCUUUUUGUAUUACCCUUCGAGAAGUGCUCAGCCAGGGUGCUUCCUGUUUUCUCUUACUGUCCUUGGUGAACCUCUCAGCAAGCCCACUUGAUUGAAAUGAACUAGUUUUUAAGUUACACUUCACACACAAAUAAAACAAUUUUUUGUGAUUAGUA